GGUGCCCCGGAGGACAGCGGGCUCGCUGGCACCGCGGCUGAGGAAGGGCGAGAGCGGAGAGGCAGCGCGGGCGAGCGCGGCCGGGCUCCGGUGUGGACUGUCGCAGCGAUGGCGGCCGUGAGGGGGUUAACCCUUCUGAGGAGGGCCGCGGGCCCCUCCGUAACCCCCUGAGCGUUCCUCCGCGCUGCGCGCAGCCGCUUCCCCUCCCCGCGGGCGGGCCGGCGCUGUCCCGGCACUGCAGUCGCCAUAGAGACCGUGCCGCACGCCAUGGGGCGGAGGCCGGGCCGGGGGGCGCCGUGCUAACCCCGCCACGCGCCGCGGGGCCCGCAGGGACUCGCCGUGCCGCCCCAGACCGCCCCGAGGAGCCGCCGCCGCCUCGGCCCCGUUCCAGUCACUGGUUAAAUGGAAGCCAUUCCUGGGAUCUGGAUGGUUUCUACUGACACAGACUUUGCAUAGCAGCUCCAUCACGUCAGGAGGUUGCAAUGAGUGGAGGAGGGGAGCAGCCUGACAUCCUCAGUGUGGGAAUCUUGGUCAAAGAAAGAUGGAAGGUGCUGAGGAAAAUAGGAGGUGGAGGAUUUGGAGAAAUUUACGAUGCACUGGACUUGCUUACUCGGGAAAAUGUUGCACUGAAGGUCGAAUCAGCCCAGCAGCCAAAGCAAGUGCUGAAAAUGGAAGUAGCCGUGUUGAAGAAAUUGCAAGGAAAAGAUCAUGUCUGUAGAUUCAUAGGAUGUGGAAGGAACGACAGAUUUAACUAUGUGGUCAUGCAGUUGCAGGGCCGGAACUUGGCAGACCUGCGUCGGAGCCAGUCUCGAGGAACAUUCACCAUUAGUACCACUCUGCGGCUUGGGAAGCAGAUUUUGGAAUCUAUUGAAAGUAUUCAUUCUGUGGGAUUCCUGCACAGGGACAUAAAACCAUCUAACUUCGCAAUGGGACGUUUUCCUAGCACCUGUAGGAAGUGUUAUAUGCUGGAUUUUGGCUUGGCACGGCAAUUUACCAACUCGUGUGGGGAUGUCAGACCACCACGAGCUGUCGCUGGUUUUCGAGGAACAGUACGAUAUGCAUCAAUCAAUGCUCAUAGAAACAGAGAAAUGGGUCGGCAUGAUGACCUCUGGUCCCUGUUCUACAUGUUGGUGGAAUUUGUGGUUGGGCAGCUGCCUUGGAGAAAAAUAAAAGAUAAGGAGCAAGUGGGCUCCAUUAAAGAAAGGUACGAGCACAGACUUAUGUUGAAACAUCUUCCUCAAGAAUUCAGUGUCUUUCUGGAUCACAUUGCUAAUUUAGAUUACUUUACAAAGCCUGAUUACCAGCUUCUCAUGUCUGUGUUUGACAACAGCAUGAAAACAUUUGGGGUUAUUGAAAGUGACCCUUUUGACUGGGAGAAGAGUGGAACUGACGGCUCUCUGACAACAACAACAACUUCAACCACACCUCAGCUACACACUCGUCUUACUCCAGCUGCAAUUGGAAUUGCCAAUGCCACUCCUAUCCCAGGAGACUUGCUGCGAGAAAACACAGAUGAAGUGUUUCCUGAUGAACAGCUCAGUGAUGGAGAGAAUGGUAUUCCUGUUGGUGUCUCACCAGAGAAACUACCUGGAUCCCCUGGGCAUCAACGUCCUCAGGAAAAAGAUGUUUGGGAAGAAAUGGAUGCAAAUAGAAACAAAAUAAAACUGGGGAUCUGUAAGGCUGCCACAGAGGAAGAAAACAGCCAUGGGCCAGCGAAUGGUAUACUUAAUGCCCCGAGCCUCGGUUCUCCGAUUCGUGUGCGCUCGGAGACCACUCAGCUAGACAGAGACGUCCCACUGGUGCGAAAGUUACGUUCAAUUCACAGCUUUGAACUGGAGAAGCGUCUGACGUUGGAGCCAAAGCCAGACACUGAUAAAUUCCUUGAGACCUGUUUGGGGAAGAUGCAGAAAGACUUGAAUGCUACGGCAGAGACUCCUGUUGCUGCUGUUCCUCCUCUUUCUCAGAAAACGCCUGCUCCUGUGGCUACCCGCAUGGACCAUGUUUGGCACUAUGAUGAAGAAUAUCUUCCAGAUGCUUCAAAGCCUGUGUCAGCUAGUUCUCCAGAACACGCUGAUGGUGUUAUUAGCAAUGGAUUUGUAGCUGUUAACUUAAGCUCCUGCAGGCAGGAGGUUGAUUCUAAGGAGUGGGUGAUAAUAGAUAAGGAACGGGACUUGCAGGACUUCAGAACAAAUGAGGCUUUAGGGCACAAAGCGACUGGAAGUCCCUCAGAUGAAGAGCCAGAGGUACUACAAGUUCUAGAGGAGUCCCCUGCAGAAGAGCAGCCCAGACAGGGUGGUUGGGCAGGAAACAAUGUCCAUGCCAAGAACCAGACCUCAGGCGUGGAGUUAGUUCUAGCCAUGGAGUGUCAUCCUCCUGCUUCUGAACAGCUUACAGAUAAAUUGGAACUUUUGUCAGGAGCUGCUGGACAGCUUGCAGCCACCCCUACAAGUCCUAUGGAAGCUCAAGCAGAAGGAGCACUCACUCCGCUCAACUCAUCUCAUACGCUGCAUUUCUCCACUCCAAGAAUAUCAAGUCCCAUUCUCCGCACCAUGAGCCCUAUAGCCUAUCUAUCCAUCCACUUGGACCCUCUGAAAGAGGCUGCUUUACCAAGGAGUCAAUCGGCUGAGAGCCACUCCUCUUCCUCCCGCUCAACUGGUCGUAGGCAGCUUCCUGUCAUUCCCUGUGGCAACAAGUUCCCCCCUGUCAUUCGCAUCUCAAAAGCACAACUUCAGCAGAUAACAAUACCCAGACCUUCAGUGGCAUCCACACAGUCUGCUUCGGAGAGCUUUCAUUAUGGCCACCAGCUGGAGAAAAGAGAGCAGGAUGUUCCAUCUAUGGAACACACCGUGGAACUUUCCUCUCCAAAGGAAAGUUUGCCAGGUUUGGUUGUGACAGAAGAUGCACUUCCAGCUAGUGCCAGCAGACCAGAUUUGGUACUUAAUAUCAACCAAGAGGUGCUUGACACAGAAGGACUUGUCAAAGAAUGUGUCAAUGUCCUGGACUGUGGCCAACAGGACCUACCUGAACAACAUGGUGGGAUACAGGAAGAGAAAGAACUUGAAAAUAUUCCUGUAGAGGAGGUUGAGGAAGAAAGGCUUCCAGUGGUUUCUGAGGAUGCCAUUGAAAUGCAAAGCAAAGAACAGAAUUCUUCUUUGCCAGGAAACUCAAAAUCCGCAGAGGAAGAACCUCUAACGAAUACCGAAGCUGCUGAAGAAUCAAAGCCAGGGCCUGUUGGUUUGAUGCCAAAUCAAGAUGAAGUUCUGAAAUCGAUAGCACCUAAAACAUCAGAAUUUUCCCCCUCUAGACUUACUAAUUCACAUGUUAAUAGACAGGCAAGCAAAAUAGCACCAGUUCAGGAAAAUGGUUUUCAUUCUAAUACGGAAGAAGUCCAUAUCCAAGACUUGAAAUGCCACCAAGUGGCCCUUACUACUUUUUUGCACCAGGAGGACAAAAAAGAGAAAAAUGCUCCCAGAAAUGGAGAAUUAUUCCACUGCAUUUCAGAAAAUGAGAAUUCUCAUCGAUCUAAGAAGGACUUAGUUAAAUCUCCUUUUGUAUUCAGGCAGAGCCGAAUCCCAGUUUUAGCACAAGAGAUAGACUCAACUUCAGAGUCCUCUUCUGUUUCAGCAAAGGAAAAGCUUCUUCUAAAAAAAGCCCAUCAGACAGACUUGGUCAGACUACUUAUGGAAAAGAGACAACUUAAAUCUUUCCUUGGUGACCUUUCAAGUGCCUCUGAUAAGUCACUGGAGGAAAAAAAGGCAGCUGCUCCAGUACCUUUUUCUGAGGAUGAUGUCUUAUCCUCAUUUUCUAGAUUGACACUGGACUCUCAUUUCAGCAAGCAGACAGAAGAUAGCUCUUUAUCUCCAAGCAGCCCUCAGUCCAGAAAAAGCAAGAUUCCAAGGCCAGUGUCCUGGGCAGCCACUGAUCAAGUCACCAAUUCAAAUUCAGCUCAAUUCUUUCCUCGGCCACCACCAGGAAAACCACCUGCUAGACCUGGGGUAGAAGCUAGGUUGCGCAGAUACAGAGUCCUAGGGAGUAGCAGCUCGGACUCAGAUCUUAUCUCACGUCUGGCUCAAAUCCUACAGAAUGGAUCUCAAAGACCCAGGAGUUCUACCCAGUGUAAGAGUCCAGGAUCUCCACAUAGUCCAAAAACACCACCCAAAAGCCCUGUCAUCCCCCGACGCAGUCCCAGUGCCUCCCCUAGGAGCUCUUCCUUACCCCGUACUGCCAGUUCUUCUCCGUCCCGGCCUGGGAGACCCCAUCAUGAUCAGAGGAGUUCAUCCCCACAUCUUGGGAGGAGUAAAUCACCUCCUAGCCAUUCAGGCUCCUCAUCUUCUAGGAGAUCCUGCCAACAAGAGCACUGCUGCAACAAACCAAGCAAGAAUGGUCUGAAAGGAUCUGGCAGUUCCUUCCACCAUUCCCCAAACACUAAGACUCCCAUAGGAAGGAGCAAAUCAACCACUAAGCUUAGCAGAUAGGAACUGGGCCUUGACAGGUAUAGAACCUCCUCCUAAAUCUGAUGCAUGUUGUGUCUGUGUACUGUGUAUUUAAAAAAAUAAUCAAAAAAUAUAUUUAAAAAAAAAAAGGUGUUGAAUCUGCGCUUUUAAAAGACAGUAAGCAUCAUAAACUAUUCAUAAGAGCAUUCUGUGUAAAUAAGUGGCCAGGCAUUGCCUAAGAGCAGGCAGCAAGCAGAUCCGCAAGAGGGGGAGUAGAGGCCAGGAUCAGAAUGACUAGGUAGUCGAAGAGGUGCAAUGUAUUUAGAAUAAAAAAUAUCUCUAAGGUGAGUGUUUUAAAAGGCUAUUUAUUUCUAUGGUUUUAGUUUACCUAGCUAGAAGAUUUGGCCUAAUUAUUUAAGGCCUUACAUAAUCAAGGAGUUUGUAAGAAAAACCUGUAAACGGUUAUUCCCAAAAUGACGACGUUAUCACGCUGGGAGAUAAGUACUGCUCAAGCAUGUCUUUGCAGUUUAAAAAAGCACACAGUUUAGAAGACGAUGGUAUUUCUACCUUUUAAGUCUCUUCCAUUUUGAGCUGCACACAUCUCCGAGUCACUCAGUGCUUAUCUUGUCCCCUGUCUACAGCAGCACAGAUUUUUUUACCUAAGGAAGUAUCAUAUACCUUGCCCCUUCUUGACACUGAUAACAUUAAAAAAUUAGUAUUAACAUUUCCCAAGAUGGUUUUAUAGAUGUAUUCUUUAGAGAUGUGUUUAGUACUAAUUAGGAUCUGAGAAGCUAGUUCUCAGUUCUGUAUCAUACACUUCUUUGGGAGCCACAGUGGGGCUCUUCAACCCGUGUUCAGUAGAAUCUGGAAAAGCAUUCCUGUCUAGAAAAUGAGACAAAGGAGGAGAUGUCUGCACUUCGCUGAAUGUUGCAGAUUUACAAUAAAUUGCAAUGUAAGUUAGAAAAUAAAUUAUAAACCUAUACUGUAGCUUCUUUAUUUUACCCUUAACUAUAAAAAGAACCCUUGUCAAUGCUGGCUUAUGUUUUUCCAUUAGUUAUGGAUCACUGAAACCACUGAGCUUACCAUGCAGAGUUGAUUACCAACCAAGACUUGCUUUUUUGGUUAUUUGUUUUAUAAAAAUUUGAAAGAUGAAACAGAGAUGGGGAGAUUGUCUACUUUGUGACCUUGGUAGGCUUUAGGUGACGGAAAUAUACCUAACACCCUUACAAAAUCCAGGUAAAACUAUUAGUCAUCAAAGCAAAAUACACAGAAAGCAGUCUGAGGUAUCUUUUAUGUUGGAUUCUUGUCAUUCAUUUGCCCAAAUGGUUCCUUGAUAGCCAAGCUUCAUUGCCUGUCACUAAAGUCCAUGGUGUCUUAAUUCCUCCAAUUUUGUUUCAUAGGUACUUAAUAAUCCCUUGUGCUCUACAGGAUCUCUGUAGGGAACAUAAUGGUACACCACCUUUUGCUAUACUAGGAAGAGAGUAGCAGGUUUGAAUAGUUAAAGAACACAAGCCUGAGAAGGGCGCAGCCAGCUCUCCCUAAUUAUCCCUGUUGUAGGGAUGCUGGAUGCAUAGGGUACUUGUCAGUUACUGAUCUGCUUGCUGUAGUCAUCUGCCUCUCCAGCCAGCAUCUGUGCUUUUUUAUUUAACUUCUGCCAAAUGAAUACCUUUGGAUUAUAAAGGGAAUAUUUUGUCUCUGAGCUAACACAUUCUAAUGCUGCAUUAAAGCUGCCCUGGAGCUGCACUGAAUUUCACUUGCAUUGUCAGACUAUGUUGAUUUAUUUUUUUUUUCCUUUUCUUACUACGAAUAUGUAUAUUGUUUCCCAUAUGUAAUGUAGCACAGUGUGGAACCUUAAUUUCAUUCAGGUUUCAAGCACUACAGAUGAAUGCAAUAGGUAGGAUAUACCUGCUUUUUUCUGAAGAAACUGUACCAUUAGAAAGUCUAUUCCUUUGUAUUAUAUUGUAUAAUAGGUGCUAUUCCAAUAAUUGCAUGUCCUCAUGGUAAAUUAUAUAAUAUAAAUAUUUAUAUAUAUACAUAUAUGUAUAUGCUUAUAUAAACUCAUUCUUUCUCAUUUUUCAUUUGUAAUUUAUGGACCACAGAUAAUGCAGUUCCCUUUCCGUUAGUUCCUGAAUACUUUUGGCAUUACAUUCUGUAUUUCCCCCCUAAAAUUUCUGGAAUGCACAAAUUCUAAUAGCCUUUAUACCUUGGUACAAGAUUGAAGGACUGCUCAUUUCUCAACCAGCCAAUGUUUUGUCUUGCAGCUUGUUUUUUUCCUUUAUAAUUUUGUGUGUGCAUUUGCAUAUGGAACAAGAACAGAGACUCAAAGGUAUUUUAUUUUUGGUUACAAACAGGACUUGUGGUUACUCAUUUUUAUUUCAUAAUGUGAGUUCUUAAUUGUUAUGAAUACUCAUCAUAUAGGAGCAGUGACAGUCAAUGAAUACCUAACAGAUGAAUGUGACAACAACAAAUUCCAUAGUUCUCUUCCUGUUUUCCUCAUGUUUCUUUACAGUAUUCCAUAAAAAGAAUUUGAUACCAUUGUGAUGUUUUUGCCCUGGGCACUGCUGGAAUUAUUUGUUAAAGUGGUGUGGAAGCAUAUGAUCAUUUUUCUUCUCGCUUAUUUCUGAAAAGUGUUUAUUAUGGUCUCGUAAGCUUAUUCCUACAUUAACAUGGUCAGUUUUAAUAGGUACCAACUUUAUGUAUCCUUGCCUGAAAUGCUGAAGUCGAGGUGUUUAUAUUUUUCUCUCGAGUGUAGCAGGAUCCAGAAACAGGUAAUUGCUUUACAGAUGAGAAAGAAUGUAACACCUAAGGCUUUUUUUUAUGUUGUCUUCAAAGUACAGAUGUGUCCAUUAUUACACAUUGCUAUGUAAAAUAAAUCAAUGCUGUAGAAAUUCACUUGUACUUGAACUACUUGCCAAUGUAAAAACAGUAAACUAUGCCAAACCAGAGAGAGAUUGAUUGAUGACCCAGGCUUCUUUCAGUGCAUAAAAAGGUAAAAGGACUGUACAUCCCCAGUUGCUUUUUGCUGUGGAUCCAACAGGAUCUGGUGAGAAAAUAAUGAAGAUAUGAAUGGAGGAUUGAUUGUGAAUAACUUAUCUUGAACUACCUGCUCUUCUGCAGUUUUUUAUUGCUUGAUACCCUCCCCCAAAUGUUUACAGAACUGCUUACUAUAGUCUAAUGUAGCAAUCAGUUAAUGUAGUUAGGUAAUGGUCAGCUGAUCAACUCAUACAUAAAUAUUAGCUUAAUAUUUCUAGAGGGCCUGUGUAAUCAUCAAGAACUCUGUAAGCUUCAAUAUUUGAAUAUGCAACUGACUGUGUAAAAAUACCAAUGUACAUGUGUGUGGCCCUUGUGCAGAGUGUGAAUGAAUGGUUUACAGAGGAUUAACUGCAACAAAUUUUCAGGGACGGGGAAGAUUUUUCUCCAUCGUACACAACAGUUACAGUUAUUCUGCAUAGCACGCAGCAGCUUACACAGGGAUUUCAGCUGGGAAACAACAUAAUUCAAGGAGCUGUUGCUUUGUCCUCUUCAAGCCUCCAUUUCUUCUUGGAGGGCAGUGCAAUGGAGCCAUGACAUGUAGCGGAUGCAGAUGCUGCACACGCAUUUCCUCUUUAUGGUGUUUCCUGUGUUGUAGCCAGCACUUUGGAGCUUUUUUUUUUGUUUUUUUUAGAGAAAUGGAGGCAUGAAGCCUUUAAAUUAAAAUAGAACUGACAUUUCACACAGACUUUUAUGCUGCAGUAUUGCAUGGUGUAAUCAAAGUUGCAGCCUCAAAAAUCUAUGUUACUAAACCUCAUUAAUAAUUACAAAUGUUAAGUAAAACCCUGUUAAAAGUAAUAGAUGGGGUACAGUAGAGCAACGCCAUCAAGUUGUAUGAUGCUAGGCACCUAUCUGCUACUUGAGCAGGGUUGGUAAACAUAGAAAAUUUCACUGCUCAAAGGGAGGAGCAACAUGAGCUCUUAACUGCUAGUUCUAUACAAUUAUUCAGGAUGCAGACUCCUGGGGAGUGACAUGGGGCAGUCAUCACAGCCACCAGCCACAUCCUAUCUUGGCAAAUUGGACAUAUUCUAGCCUUGAAGUCUGCAUGUUUGAGAUCAAGCUUUCUCGCGUACCUCACUAAACAGUCUCGAUGUAAAGGGGAGGAUCUGGUCCUUAUAUUUAAAAAUAGCUUGAAAUAUUUUUCAUCUGGAAAAGAUUUGCAAGAGCUCUAUCAUUUACAAUUUGUAGUAUUAUGGUAUUAACUAUAGCUGGGAAAACACAAAUUUGAUUUUAUAUAUAUAAAUACACAUUUGUACAUAAGUGUAUCUAUAUAUACACUUAUAGAGAUACUGUAUAUUAUAUAGAAACAUAUGUACAUACAUACAAAUGUGUGUAUAUACAUAUAGAAAGGAACAGUCUCAGCUAUUGCAUCCUGUUUACUGGAAUUCAUUUGCCAGAGUGAGAGGAGCCUUGUUAUGUCUUGAUUUUCUCUGAUCUCCUCUUCAUCUACCAUAAUUUUGCUAUGAUCUAAUUCUGAUCCUGUGUCUUUUCCAUAUUACAAGGCCUGAUCCUAUAGCCCUACUUGGGCAAAACUCCCAUAAGUCCUUCUUAUUGCAGUAACAUUUAUGCAAUGGUUGACUAUAAUGCUUCUAAGUAUUUUCUUUUUUAUCUUCAAUGAGAAUGUAGACAAGGCCACUUACAGUACAGAGUCUUUCCUGUAGACAGAAUUUUUCCAUAAUGAAUUGGAUGAUUUUGCAGAACACUAAAAGGCAACAAUUCUGGUAAGAAGAAAGUGAUUAUUCCAAUUUCUUGUAAGGAUCUCAUGGCAAACUAUGGCUAGGGAUAUGCACCUCCAAUUUUUAUAUAGAAGUUAAAUGAGAGGAAUCCUCUGAAAAGGAAUGGGAGAAUAAAAGAGAGCUCAAAGUCAAACUGCUUUCUCAUUAUAGGCCUAUAAUAUAUUGAUCUUAGUUUUUUCAUGCAGGACUGAUCCUGUGAGGUGAUGAGAGCUAUGCCCAUCUUGUCAAUUCCAUGAGCAAGGGGCUACUUAGAUGUCUUAGGUUAACACCACGAUUCCCUGUGGCACAGUCUCUCUAUGCUUUUCCACUGUAAGGAGUGGUCAUAGAACUGUCAGCUGUAUAAAUAAAAUCCUUGAUGAUUAUCCAUGAUUCCUUUCUGCAGCUGAUAAAAGCUUUGGAUGCUCAUUCCUGUUUCUGAAACUUGUCGAACAGUCUAUUCUACUUCCUUUAGCUAAUCAAGUAGGCAGUGAACUGAAGGAUUUUGUUUGCUGUUUUGCUUUUGGCUCAUAUGUCAUUGGUUGCAAUUACUGCAAUUUUCAGUAACCAGUAACGCUGGUAAAAGGAAGCGAGGUUCAGUGUUUUGACUACAUGCAAUACAUAGGCACGGGUCAUGCAUUUCUUAGCUAAUACAUGCAAAUUGCAUAAACACACAUUUCACACAGGAAUACCUCAGCUGGCUGCUUGAUGCCAGUCUUUCUUUCCCCUACAUAGAACAUUUGUAAAAGAGAAUGAUAUAAAAGGCAGCCUGGAUUGUGUGUAAUAAUGGUCUGGAAUUACCUUAAGAUACUGUCAAAUGCCAAAAAAAAUUAAUACUCAUUUUCCUAUGGCUUAAAUAAUCAGGCUUUUAAAUACUAACCUUUGAGGGGUUUGUUUUGUUUUAAAGGAAGAAUGCACAGGAGUGCUGUUUUGAAGUCUCAUGUAUUAACUUGGCAAUCACUCUAGCCAUCCAGGUUUGAACGUGCAGGCUGAUUUUACUCUCCAUUGUUUAGUAACACAUUCUUUCUUAACAGUAAUAGUGACAAACCCGAAUGUUAGCGUAGGUCAUUGAUGUAUUUUGCUUCUGUUUCUCCUCAACAUGAAGAGGUUGGAUCCUUGGGAAUUCUUGCUGUUCUUGUGCAGGUGAAAAUCAGUGUAGGAUCUUAUUAAGGUUUUUUCCCCUGUUUAGGGACUGAAGGAAUAAACUCACUCUACAAAUAGCAUAUAUGAAAUUGCUGUAUUUUAAAUUGGAAAAUGCAUAUUUUUUUAUUACUAUUAUGACAUGACAUGCCUUUUGAUCUCUACUUUUCUGUAAGAAUUACUGCUGAGAGCUGGCUUUGGCCAAGAGUACAAAGUGGUUUCUUUUAAAACAAUACUCAUGAGGUCCUGAUCAUCCACAGCUGUCUGUGGGAAUUCAGCUGGAAUUAAUUUGAGUUACAGAUGUUCGUUUCCUUUUGAGAUCAUUUGAUCUUUGGCCUAACUUUUAUAUAAAGGACCUAUAAUGACAGCAGACCAGCAUGCUUCAAAUGAUAGAGUGUAAUUAGUUUGGUCUGCCUGGCUUCAAAUCCUUUUAAACCUGUAUCUGCUGCGUGGAAGGCAAGGUCAUAAAGGUUCGACACAAGGUGAGGUGGGAUUUUUAUGGCUAUUUCACAUCUUUUUCCUAUGACUAGAGAUCUGGGUUGGCUGCCUAGCAGCCUCUUCUGCAUCCUCUUUUCUUUCUGUGGCUAGAAAGCAAGAUACGAAAUUCUUCCCCAGCUUUUAUUUCUGUAGAGGCAGCGUGGAGAUAAGCUGCAGUGCUUGUGCUAACUGAUGUCGAUUUUCAAAUGCUCACCUAUGAUUACCCAAACCAGUAAAUUAAGGAAAUCACCAGCAAUGCCUUCAGACAAGUACUGACUUUUCGAAGCUGCCAAACAAUGGCUGCUAACUAAAAUCUCUGGGCAAUACCACAAAGAAUGAAGUCUGUGUACUAAUUAAAAAUACAAUGUUGUCACCCCCAAAGAAAUUAAGUAGUCAGUAGUAAAAUCUGCAGCAUGAUUAAAUUAAGUGGAAAGUAGUUCCAAGAUUGUUUGUUACCAUUGAGGAAGACAAAUGUUGAGUCCUUCAAAUUCUCUUGCUUCAGUAAUCGCAGUUCUCUUCCCCUCCUUGGAAAUCUUCUAAGCCAUUCAUUACCUUUUAAUUUUGCUCAGGCACUCAAGAACAUAAAGAGUUAAUGCCCUUGUAAUGGUCAUUUGUACAUAAAGUUGUAAUUAUUUAUUUUCUCAUUUGUACCAUAUCAAGGCUUUGUACAAUGUUUUAAGUUUUGUUUUCAAAUUAUUUUGUAUUUUAUUUUUAUAAACUGGUUCUAAAUAAAAUAUUCAUUCAGCAUGCAAAA